AUGGACCCCCGCUGCCUCUGGCUCUGGGGUCUGCUCACAGGGGGCGCGCUGCGGGGCGGCUGGGCACAGCGUGGCUGGUCCAUGUAUGUCCCCCGACGGAUAACGGGGCUGAGAGGAGAUUCCACUGUACUGCCCUGCACCUUCGCACACCCGAUCCCCGACUACACGCGUGACAUCCAGGUGAUCUGGAAGCCCGAUAUUUUCCAAUGCGUGGUGAGGAACAGCAGCACCGACACCAGCAGCUUCGACAACUGCACGACGGGGCAGGGACCGAAUGGGCGCUACCGCCUGGCUGGGGACCCCCGGCGGCACAACCUCUCCCUGCACAUCGCAGGGCUGCACUACGAGGACAGCAGAGAGUACAAGUGCCGCGUGGUGCUCCUUGAAGAUCCGAAAUGGGCCUAUGAGAACAAGACUGGGAUAACGCUCACCGUGGAAGCGCGACCCAGCAUCCUCAACCUCACGCUGCUCCCCGGGCCCCUCCCUGUGUGGGUGGCCUGCACAGCCGAGGGGAUCCCCAGGCCCAACAUCUCAUGGCGGGGGCCGGCGGGGAUCGAGGUGGUGCAGCUGCAGGACACUCCUGGGCCCCGGUACCAGACGACGCAGGUGGUGUCAGUGAACCAGACCGGGACCUACACCUGCCGGGCGGAGAACGUGCACGGCCGGGCUGAGCGCUCGGUGCCUGUGGGGUCCACUGGGUUGCCCCUGCUGCUCAUCGUCCUACUUCCAGCAGCCCUGCUCCUGCUCGCCGGCCUCCUGCUGCUCGUCCUCUGCUGCCGAUGGAAAGGAGGACGGGAGAGCGUAGGGAGAGCUCAGCCUCGUGUGGCCGAUACCUGCACUCCCUGCCAGCCAGCGGCUCAUGCCAAUGGGCUGCCUCCUGCCCAGGCCCUGCCCCAGCCUGGGCUCAGCUCCGCUGUGUCUCCAGCAGAGAACGCGGACAGCUGCACCUACGCAGAUCUGACCUUCCCCAGCGCUGGGGCCGGCAGGAGAGGUCCCCAGCCCGCAGCCCAGAGCCCCCCAGCGCCAGCAGAAGAGGUCACCUAUUCUGAGCUGACGCCAUACAGGGGACCCAGGUGAGCUGUCCAUCCCGGCACCCUC